UGCAAGCCUCGAAGCUGUUGUUCGUGGUGAAAGCGCGUGUUGGUGCUUCCAUGAAGAGCGUCAGCUAUCCUGUUUAUGUUCAUUUAAACCAAGUUAACGGUGAAGUGGAAUAUGCUAAGUGUUCUUGUAAGGCUGGCCAAGGAGGUUGCUGCAAACACGUAGCUGCUCUAUUGUACACUAUUUUGGACUUUGUCAAUCUGAAUUUGAAACACGUUCCUGUGGAAUUGACAUGCACACAACUUCCUCAAAAAUGGAGUGUGCCCUCCGGAAGCUCAAAGACCCUGGACAAAGCUGUUAAAUUUGAAGAAAUGCUAUUUGAAAAAGCUGAUGUGAACAAACCUGCCAAAAGGUAUAUUGUAAAAGGGAGUAGGGAAGACUAUUGUGCUACUCCACCAUUUGCUCGGACUGUGACUGCAGAAGAAAUUAAGUCUAUGGCAAAUGCAUUUGAGAAAGCCAAUUGCGCUUCACUAUUUCGUGAAGCUAUAGCCUCAAAUAACUAUAAGCCAUGUGAACUUUUCGAGACAUCUUGUAAUCAGUUGCAAAAUAGAAAACUGGACAACAGCUCUGUUCCUAUUCCAACGCAAAUACCACCAAGUCAACUGGUUGAUCAGAUCUUUAAAAAUGUGCCAAAUGGUUACACCCCUCCAUCAGAUUAUAGCCCAGAACAACUAGAACUAGUAAAAACAAAAGUUGGGUUGACUGUAUCCACUGCUAAGGAUAUAUGUUUGAGUACUAUGAGGCAAAACAAAGAUCCUCAAUGGUACGCUGAACGAUCUAAAAGGCUUACUGCUUCAAUUUUUGGCAAAGUUAUCAAUCGUAGAAAGAAAAACCAUCCAGCUUCACUGAUUGAAUCAAUUUUAUGUGUUGAUCAUGAGAAAAGAAAGUGCCUGCAUCUGUACAGUGGGGCCUGGAUAAUGAAAGUAAUGCAAUUGCUAAAUAUCAAGAUGUAA